AUGUACCUUGGAAGCAGGACUUUUCACUACAUUACUAAACAGGAUGUGUGUUACUUAGCUUUUUAUGAAGCUGCCUUCCCUAAGAAGUUGGCUUUUGCUUACCUAGAUUUGCAUUCAGAAUUUGAUGAACAACCUGAAAAGAAAGCACCCACUCUAUCUAGACCCUAUUCCUGUAUUGGGUUUGAUACCUACAUUCAGAAAACCAAAAAGCUCUGCGUUGGCACUCAUGCUCUGAGGAACUUGGGCUCCAUCAACACUGAAUUGCACCAUAUGCAGAGGAUCAUAGUGGCCAAUAUUGAAGAAGUGUUACAAUCAGCAUUGGAUUCAAAGGCUAACAAUUUGUCCAAUCGAGCCAAGAAAUAUCUCCACGAUGCAAAGUACUUGAAUAUGCAUUCCACCUAUGUCAAGCUUGCAUCAUGUUAA